AUGGUGGAGGAAGAAGAAAACCCUAAUUCGAUAUACAUACUUCCCGAGAUACUCGAAGAAAUUUUCUUACGACUACCCUUGAAAUCGAUUCUCAAAUGCAGAACCGUUUCGAAACAAUGGAGAUCAAUCCUGGAAUCGAAGAGUUUCGAGGAGAAACGUAAGAGUCUUCGUAAUAAUCGGAAAAUCUUGGCUGCUUUUAACUGUGACUGCGGCGGGAGACUGAGUCUUCUCCCGGAGUCACGGUUCGAAGGAGACGAAGAGAUCGUUUAUCUUCACUGUAACGCUACACGACCGUCGAUGACUUGCGACGGUUUGGUCUGUUUCCCUGAACAAGAUUGGAUCGUCGUUUUAAACCCAUCGACCACACAACUCCGGAGAUUCCCUUCAGGCUUAAACCCUCGUCAUGAGUGUAGAUUUGGAUUCGGAUUAUUUUCGAGGUUCUGUCCGGGGAAUUGGGCAAUGGGAUUUGGUAGAGACAAAGUUAAUGGGAGCUAUAAAGUAGUGAGGAUGUCUUUUACAUACUGGGAAAUUGGGCAACAAGUUCCUGAGGUAGAAUGUGGUGUUCUCGAUGUUCGAACUGGCGAAUGGCGGAUACUGAGUCCACCUCCUCAUGUGGUCAAUGCAGGAAGCAAAUCGGUCUGUGUGAAUGGAUCAAUCUACUGGUUACACAUUGAGAGAGGUUACAAAAUACUAGCUAUGGAUCUUCACAAAGAAGAGUUCCAUGACGUCUCAGUUCCAGCUACAUGGGUCACGCACGAAACACAGAUAGUUCCAGCUACAUGA